UUAUCUUGCUUCCUCCCUAAAACCUCCUUCCAACUGAACAAAACCACCUCCAUGAACAAAAAGCUCUAACCUUUCUCACUCAAAUUUUCUCACUAUCCAAACAGAUGAAACACUAAAAGAAAAUUACAAAAACCCAAAUGGCAAUCACUUCAACAACUGCAAAACUAACAGAAUUACCAUUAAGAAACUCACUCCCACUCUUCUCCUCCAAAACCCCAAAACCUUCAUUUCAAUCCCUCAACAAAUUCUUCUGUUCAUCUUCACAACUUAGAACCAACCAAAACCCUAAAUCCAAUAACCCCACUUCCCCAUGGCUCUCCAAAUGGACCCCUGAUAGCCCCACUAAAAACCCACCAAAACCCGCUCAAUCCAACGCCCCACCUGACAAAAAGAUUCAAUCUUUUACCAAGGGUCAGAAUGCCAUUGAGAGAAUUGUGCUCAGGUUGAGGAAUUUAGGAUUAGGAUCAGACGAUGAGGAUGGUUUAGAACCCGAAAAGGAGAGUGAAUUGGAGGGUGGUGGGGAGUUGGUUGCUGUGACAGGAGAGGAGAGAUUGGCUGAUUUGUUGAAGAGAGAGUGGGUUCGGCCCGAUACGAUCUUUAUCAAUGGGGGAGAGGAGGAGGAGGAGAGUAGCGAAUUGGCGUUGCCGUGGGCGAGGAAGGUGAAUGAUGUGGAGGAGGUGGUUGAUAGGGAGAAUGUGAGGAGGAGAGUUGUUAAAGCUCCGUCGUUGGCGGAGUUGACCAUUGAGGAUGAGGAGUUGAGGAGGUUGAGGAGAAACGGAAUGCAUUUGAGAGAGAGAGUUAGUGUGGCGAAAGCUGGACUUACUAAUGAAAUUGUGGGGAAAAUUCAUGAGAAAUGGAGGAAAAAUGAGUUGGUUAGGUUGAAGUUUCAUGAGAUUUUAGCUCAUGAUAUGAAAACCGCUCAUGAAAUCACUGAGCGUCGUACUGGAGGAUUAGUUAUAUGGAAGGCAGGAAGUGUUAUGGUUGUAUAUCGUGGAAGUAACUAUGAAGGGCCUCAAUCUAAAUCCCAACCGGUUGAUCAAGAAGUUGAUACACCUUUUGUUCCAGAUGUUUCUUCUGCUGGCAGUGAAAAGAUGAGUAGUGAUGAUGAUGCACCUUCGACUACAGAAAGGAACGUAUCACUUAUGAGAAGAAUUGAUAGAAAUGCGGAUAUGACAGAAGAGGAGGUUGAAUUUAACAAGUUAUUAGAUGGUCUAGGCCCUCGGUUUGAAGAGUGGUGGGGCACAGGAAUACUUCCUGUGGAUGCUGACUUGCUUCCUCCAAAAAUUCCUGGUUAUAAAACACCUUUUAGGCUUCUUCCUACUGGAAUGAGAUCGAGUCUUACAAAUGCAGAGAUGACUAAUUUGAGAAAACUUGCUAAGAAACUUCCUUGCCACUUUUCACUCGGGAGAAACAGAAACCAUCAAGGAUUGGCAUCUGCGAUACUCAAGCUUUGGGAGAAAAGCUUAGUGGCGAAGAUUGCUGUGAAGCGAGGCAUCCAGAAUACAAAUAAUAAACUAAUGGCUGAUGAGUUAAAGAUGUUAACAGGAGGCGUUGUAUUGCUCAGAAACAAGUAUUACAUUGUCAUCUACCGUGGGAAGGAUUUUUUGCCAACGAGUGUAGCUGCUGUUUUAGCAGAGAGACAAGAACUAACAAAACAGAUUCAGGAUGUUGAAGAGAAAGUGCGGAUCAGAGGAGUGGAAACAGUUUCAUCUGGAGAAGAGGAAGGCAAGCCCCUGGCUGGUACCUUAGCAGAGUUUUAUCAGGCUCAAGCUCGGUGGGGAAAGGAUGUUUCUGCUGAAGAGCGUGAAAAGAUGAUUGAAGAUGAUUCCAGAGCAAAAAGGGCCAGAAUGGUUAAAAAAAUUGAACAUAAAUUAGCUGUUGCUCAAGCCAAAAAGCUUAAAGCAGAAAGACUGUUAGCAAAGAUUGAAGUCUCUAUGAUUCCUUCUGGUCCUGAUUAUGAUCAAGAAACAGUUACUGAUGAGGAAAAGGCAAUGUUCCGUAGAGUUGGCUUAAGAAUGAAGGCAUAUCUGCCACUUGGUAUUCGUGGCGUUUUUGAUGGUGUCAUUGAGAAUAUGCAUUUGCACUGGAAGCAUAGAGAACUUGUGAAGCUAAUAUCAAAACAAAAAACUCUUGCAUUCGUUGAAGAUACAGCUAGGUUGUUGGAAUUUGAGAGUGGAGGGAUACUUGUGGCAAUAGAAAGAGUACCCAAAGGAUUCGCUAUUAUUUAUUAUCGUGGAAAGAAUUAUCAACGGCCCAUUAAUUUGAGGCCAAAAAAUCUUCUGACAAAGGCAAAAGCACUGAAGCGUUCUGUAGCCAUGCAACGACAUGAGGCUCUUAGUCAGCACAUAUCCGAAUUGGAAGGAACCAUUGAGCAAAUGAAGGCAGAACUUGGUUUUUCUCCAGAAGAUGAUGAGAGUAAUCGGACCUCAGAUGAACAUGGCCAAUCUAAUGAUGUUUCUGAAUUUAUCCAAAGCCAGAAUGGGGGUUCUUUUUCUAUGAAUUUGGAGAGCGAGGAUGAAUCUGAUGAGGAGGAAGAAGAUGAUGAUGUUGACGAUGACGACGAUGAUGAAGAUGAUGAUGACGACGAUGAUCAUUAUGAUCAUAAAAAUGAGAUUGACAAUGAAGUUGAUUGGGAAGCCAAUGAAGACUUUGAAUCUUCAGACCUUCAAAAUGAGACAUCUGCAAACAAAUAUGGUUGACAGGACGAUGAUUCUCUUGGACACUUUGUAUGGAUGAGCUUAUUUCACACCAGAUUAUGUUAGAAUCGAUACUAUGGGGAGUCAAUCAAAUGGAUGGCUUACCAAGUUGUGCCAGCAUGCUCCAGUUCAUCAUGAGCACUCUUCAUGGAAGCUAGUUGAUCUGCACCUUACUGCAUGAUCAAACUCGGUGUCUGCAAUCGGCCAUGAUGAUCUUAUUUGCCGCUUUGUGUUUAAAGCCAACUCUCGGGACCCCAAUUCAUCCAGGACACAGUGAUGAGCUUGGUCUAUUAUUCAAGAUAAAAUUGUAACCUCUUUAAAAAGAUGGCAAUGGUUUCCGCAAAGUUUUGACAGAGACAAAUCUCAGUGAUGUAAAGCAUUAUUGUAACUCGUAUAGUUUGUAUCCACAGUUAUUGUAAUAUUUUGCAUCUAAUUUACUAUAAUAUUUUUAUAGUUA